UUCAAGAAUGCUAUACAAGAUUUCGUGGUUAAUAUAAGGAAUUAUGCCAGAAUUUACAUUUGGAAUGAAUGAUGUAAAGAUGUUAUCAAUUGGGAAAAAAAGAAAGGUAUAACAAUGAAAAUGAAAAAGCUGGGAAACAGGAAUGAUUAUUAAUUGGGUAUCACAGUUUUGGAUAUUUUCAGGACACUCAUUUGCUUGUCUGGAAUUUGUACAAUUAUAUUCUGGACAAUUUCAGAAUAUUUUCCGGACACAUUGUCUUUAUAGGGAUGUUGAGAUGUCAACUGAUGACUUGAAGUUAUUGCAACAGGUGACAGAUAAAAGCAAUUUUAAUUUCCAUAGUAACAAUCAAACCUUAAAAGAAGCCAACAUGAGACUUCACAAUCCUGUACCCAAAGACUUGCAAGUUUAUAAACCUCAUUUACAGAAGUCUUUGGAGCAAUUAGUAAAUGGUGCAAAUCUACAAGCAAAGCUUAGGAGGAGUCAAAAUGAAACUUCGCAAACUAGUUCCUGAAGACAUAAAAAAUUUAUAACAGAAGGCUUUCAAAGUAUUUGCAAGUCUUAGUAACCAAAGCUUAAUUGCAUUAAAUAUUAAAAUUAUUAAAUUUAAAAA